CGGACAGCAGCGAACUGACGAACUAGCGAAGUAGCAAAAUAACCCUUCCUGCCAACUGCCAACUCAUCUUCGUCAAUCAUUUUACGCCGCAAACGAGUGUGGUGUUGCUGCCUGCCUUUAUUUCAAAUCUAUAUAAACAAUUGAUCGAACAUAAAACCAUUUUUACGAUGAAUCGUCGUUGUCUGGUCGUCAACAAGUAAUUUUAUCUUUACGCUUUAUAUUACACAUGUCAAAUUUUCGGUGCUCCUCCGCGAUGGUUGAUCGUCGUUGAUAUAUGUUUUUUUUGAAGUUAUAAAGUGUGGCGAUUAUCCUCGUUAUGACGAGUGCUAGUGCGAUGAAGUUCGAUUGAUAACCAACAAAACAGAAAAUAUACAUCCUUUAAUAUAUACAUAUAACGCACAUAUAAACAAAAAAUAUGUCAGCCUCGGCGGUCGGGUACAGCCCGGAAAAUAAUACCAAAUUUUUGGAGUCUUUGCUCGCUGAUUUAAAAGUAUUGAGUGUUGAAACGAGAAAAAAGUACCCACAAAUUAAGGAGUCAUGUGAGGAAGGAAUAACAAAAUUGAGAACUGCCUCAAACAAUCCUGGAACUUCGGUCUACUACAUAGUAAACCAAAUUCUGUAUCCUCUGGUACAAGGCUGCGAAUGCAAAGAUGUAAAAAUUGUAAAGUUAUGUUUGGGUAUGAUGCAAAGACUCAUAACCCAACAAGCUGUAGAUCAAAAAGGUGCCCGUUACAUCACCGAUGCCCUGUGGAUGCUCAUGGAACUUGGUAUGGAAGAAGUUAAGGUAUUGCAAACCGUGACUCUCCUGCUCACCAGCAAUACCGUUGUUCAUGGAGAAACUUUGGCCAGGAAUUUAGUUCUAUGUUUCCGUCUUCACUUCACAAAAGACUGCACAACGAUUAAUACGGCCGGUGCAACGGUGAGACAAUUGGUUUCAUUAGUAUUCGAACGAGUGGUAGCGGAAGACGAAGAAAACAAAAGUCCCAGGGAGCCAGAUAAGGAUUUUCUAGAGGAACUAAAAGUUUGCACCAAUCAACCGCCCAAAGGCUUGGCUCCUUGUGCUGCCGAUGCAUUUCUCAUGUUUCAGGACUUGGUCCAAUUGGUAAACGCGGAUCAACCUUACUGGUUAAUCGGAAUUACAGAAAUGACACGAACGUUCGGCUUGGAGCUCUUGGAGUCUGUGCUUACAAAUUUUUCAUCAGUUUUCUUCAAACAUCCAGAGUUCAGCUUUCUGCUUAAAGAACGAGUUUGCGCAUUAGUGAUAAAACUGUUUUCUCCCAACAUUAAAUAUCGUAAUUCAGUGCCAGCCUCGAUGCAGCCAGCAACACCGCUUGAUAAACCAUAUUUUCCAAUUAGUAUGCGUCUACUUAGAGUCGUUUCGAUACUCGUACAAAAAUAUCAUUCGCUUCUGGUAACGGAAUGCGAAAUAUUUUUAUCGCUGAUCGUUAAAUUCCUCGACCCGGAUAAGCCACCUUGGCAACGUGCAUUAGCACUCGAAGUAUUGCACAAAAUGACAGUACACACGGAUCUGUUGACGAGCUUUUGCGAGUGUUAUGAUCUGAAGCAGCACACGACCAAUAUAUUCCAAGAUAUCGUCAACAGUUUAGGCGCCUAUGUCCACAGCCUCUUUAUCAAUCCUCAAGUCAUUGGACAACCUGGGUCAGGCUCAGGAGUUUCACCGGCUCAGAGCGGAGCUCCAGCUCUAUUGGCUGGGAUGCCCGUUGGUCCUGGUGUCUCGCCACAACCGGGUUUUUACUCGCGAGGCGUUUGGUUGCCGGUUGUACAGACAUUUUCCAGCGGUCAAGCCAAGCCUACGUACCUCGAAAUGUUGGAUAAAAUCGACCCACCUCAAAUUCCGGAUGGUUAUGGAAUCAGCAUUGCUUAUGCGUGUUUACUCGAUAUAAUAGGCUCGAUAGCACUCGCGGUGAUUGGGCCUAAAGAACAGGGCGCCGAAAGCCAGUAUAAUCCUACGGAAAAUGAACGACGAUUGCACACACAAUUGAUUAAUUCGAGCUGGUGUGGUCUACUCGCAGCGCUCAGUCCACUCGUUGACGCGAGUACAGACGAGUCUGCGACGGAAAACGUGCUCAAAGCCAUUCAAACGUUUGCAUCUAUCUGCGGUCUGUUGGAUCUUCAAACGCCUCGUGACGCUUUCAUUACGGCGAUAUGCAAAGCAUCCUUGCCUCCUCAUUACGCCCUCACGGUCUUGAACAGCGCACCUCAGGGAAUCCCCUCGGCAAGGUCUCAAGAAUUAUCUCAAUUCAAUCCCACCAGUGCUGGUGAACCGGAUUAUCGGCAGCAAGUAGUUGCUGUUGGAACUCCUCUGCCCACCGCUUCAUUGCCCAUUGGCGCUCAACAAGGCCCUGUGAUGUUGACAGCAAAAAAUCUUCAAUGCAUGCGGGCCUUAUUGUUGCUGGCUCAUUGUCACGGUAGCAUACUCGGAAGUGCGUGGCAUCUCGUUCUCACAACUCUCCAACAUUUGGUUUGGAUACUCGGCCUGAAACCAUCGACCGGAGGAUCUUUGAAAGCGGGUAGAACUGCAACUGAUUCGAACGCGGUUCUCACCACCGCUGUGAUGGCAGAUUUGCCAGUACUCAGCGCCAUGUUGAGUAGACUCUUCGAGAGCAGCCAGUAUCUUGAUGACGUAGCACUUCAUCAUUUGAUCGAUGCUCUCUGCAAGUUGAGUCAAGAAGCCAUGGAGUUGGCUUACUCCAACAGAGAACCUUCUUUGUUCGCGGUUGCAAAACUUCUCGAAACUGGCCUUGUAAAUUUGCCACGUGUAGAAGUACUCUGGAGGCCACUGACAAAUCAUUUGUUGGAAGUUUGUCAACAUCCGCACAUAAGAAUGCGUGAAUGGGGUGUCGAGGCGAUUACCUAUUUGGUGAAAGCCGCUUUGCAGCAUAAAUACCCUCAACCUCUGCGGGAUAAUCAAAAAUUACAGACGUUACUGUUGGGUCCCUUGUCUGAAUUGUCGUCAGUAAGACAUGCCGACGUGAGACAACGCCAGCUGGAAUGCGUUCUCCAAGUUCUUCACGGUGGUGGAGAGACUCUGUAUCAUGGUUGGCCAUUGGUGCUCGGUAUAAUCGGUGCUGUUUCGGAUCAUCAUGGAGAAUCACUCGUCCGCAUUGCCUUUCAAUGUCUUCAGUUGGUUGUUACGGAUUUUCUACCAGUCAUGACAUGGCGUUGCCUUCCACUUUGCGUCGACACCGCAGCAAAAUUUGGUUCCCAGACUCAAGAGCUUAAUAUUUCACUGACUGCAGUGGGAUUAAUGUGGAACAUCAGCGAUUAUUUUUAUCAAAACCAGGAGAAAUUGUGUUUGAGUUUGAGAGGCGAUACAGGCUCGGUUUUUCCCGAUUUUCCGGGUACAACGAAUAUGCCACCAUUUGAUAAAUUGUGGAUGUGCCUUUACACGAGACUAGGUGAUUUGUGCGUUGAUCCUCGCCCUGCGGUGAGAAAAUCAGCGAGCCAAACGUUGUUUUCAACUAUAUCUGCACACGGCGGACUUUUGCAUCAACCCACGUGGCAGGCGGUACUUUGGCAAGUGUUAUUCCCCUUAUUGGAUAAAGUACGAAAUCUUUCAAGCUCCGCAAGUAACGAAAAAGUCGAUACCAGUGGGACUAUAUUGAUUCAUCAUAGUAGAAAUACUGCACAAAAACAAUGGGCCGAGACGCAGGUUCUAACACUCAGCGGUGUAGCAAGGGUAUUUAAUACGAAGCGGCAACUGUUACAAAUGUUGGGAGAUUUUCCAAGGGCCUGGUCUCUCUUACUCGAAUUUAUCGAACAUUCUGCACUCAGCAAGAACAACGAGGUAUCGUUAGCGGCGUUAAAAUCAUUCCAAGAAAUUCUGUAUCUUCAAAAAAACGGUGACAAUUCGGAGGAUGUACCUGCGGGUGGAGAUUCAGAAAGUUUGUGGAUCGUAGCAUGGCGUGUUUGGUUGAAUAUUGGAAUCGAAAGUUCAAUGCCACCUCCGGACGAUGAAACUGAGCCUUACGUACCCUCGCAAGCUUUUCUGACUGCUCUUGUUCAUAUAUUCCCAGCAGUCUUUCAUCACAUAAGAAAUAAAUUUACCGGUACGGACCUUCAAAAAUUGUGUACAGUACUGAAGAACGUAGUCGAGGUGCCUGUUCAUGGAGAAUCGACGGCUUAUAUAUUACCCACGGUGCCAGACGUCGUGCUUACACAAUUGCAAGAUGGUGUAUUGCAUUCUAUGGAACUUUUGCAAAAAGAAGCUUUAAAUGGUUCAGACAAUUUGCGGACAAUGAUAGGCUUGAUAUUCCUUCAAUUGCUCAAUUUUUCGAAACUCGCUUGUCAAGCACCAACUUAUGGAAAACUGCAAACGAAGCAUAUAUCACAAGUCAGAGGCAUAUCGGCCGAUUGGGUUACAAUGAACUACGUGCCCUUUGGGGAAAAAGCGUUAACGAUGGUGGUGAAUCUUUAUCAAAAAACAGCAUCGGAGUCGAUUGUUAUUGAGGGCGAAAUAUUGCGACAUGUGAUCGAAGCUCUGCGGGUUCCCCUAUCCAUGAAAUACGCGUGUCCAUCAGCAACGACAUGGAAACUUGCUGUCACAAGUUUAUUGGCUGUAUUGCACAUAGGGCUUCCUCUAGCACGAAGUCAUCCCGACAAAUUUCAAAGUAUGUGGCCCGUACUGGCAGAUACAAUGGAUGAUUUUCUGUUCCCGAAAAGUCCAAUAAAGGUCGAACGUGGAUUGGAAGAGAUACAAGCGGACGAAGCGGUCGAUUGCCAGGUGAUGGAAAUGUUAAGGAACGAAGUCUUGCCCCAUUCUCAACGUAUACCGCAUCAAUUUAUCCUCCGAGUUGUUAUGCUUUUGAAUAAGGGUUCCAUUCAUUCAGCAACUACGACAAAUAUCGAAAAAAAUGGGGAGACGAAACUGCGAGAAGAAUUCGCAAAGACGUGUUUUGAGACGCUUUUGCAAUUCUCCCUUCUCGACGGUUUGAGCAAACCAUCGGACAUAUUGAACGACGUAGCGUGUGAAACCGACGAGGGCGGAGUCGCUGGCCGAUUAGCCGUCACCGCUCUGCUCCACAGAUUUCAAGAAGUUCUCUGGCGCUACAUCGAGGACGAGAGACGCAGCGGGAAAUGUCCAUUGCCAAGAUUCAGAUUGUCUGAAAUAUCAUUUGUCCUCAAGGCGGUCGCGACUUUGGUCGUAUCUUUGAAAAAAGCACCACCUAACAAAGUCGAAAGAUCAGUUUGGGAGCAGUUAAUAGGUCUGUAUCCUUGUCUGGUCGAAUGUACAAUAGCAACAGCGUCGACGCAAGUAUCUCGAUCGUUGCGCGAAGCUCUCAUGCAAUAUCACGAUCUUUUGCGACCGCCGAUAGAAAGUUCACCAGCUUCGAACGGUGUUUGAUUGUCGCAUUCAGCGUUUCUCGAUUGUCGUAGAGCCAAUGUGAACCACGCAACGAAAUGAACGCAAAAAUACACGACGAAGCCGAGAAAUCCACGGUAUGAGCAAAUUUAGGUGCGACAUGAUUUUUUUGUUGAAAAUCUUCGCAUUUUGCAAAGUGAACGUGUUUUUCGCAGUGGUAAUGAAGCGAAAAUGAGUAGCUAUGUUUCCUAUCGACGAAUUUGAUUCUGGUGGAAAAAGUGAGCAAAACUUUCAGGCGAGUGAGAGCCCGAUAAAUUCCGACAUUGCUCGCUCUAUUGUUAUCGGUAUUGUUACUUGAGAGGAAAACGUUGAAAAUAACAAAGACGAAAAUAUAUAUAUAUAUAUAUGGGCAGAUCCAAUACGUUUUGACCGCAGCCUGCGCGCUUGGAUCAGCGAUUUGGCUGCCGAUUUUUUCUGGAAAUGUACGUGAUAAAAAAAAAAUCCCCCAAAUUUGAAGUCAUAUCAUGAAAUUUUGACAGUAGUACAAUUUUUUGAAAUUCUUAAAAAGCGAAUUCUUGAGCCAAAUCAAGUAGCUUUGGGAGGUCAUGUAUAAAAAAGAACGUGGUAAUGUAGAAAUAUUCGUGUAUGCAAUGACAGAAUAUACCUAGAUGAAACACUUGAGCCGUCUUGCAAAAUUAUUGCAGUGGCAGCGUUUCAGAAAUACAAGAAAUUUUGUAAUAAUCGUUAUUUAAAAAUAGUGUGCUAAUUCAACCGGAUUUUCGUUUGGAGUGAAAUACUAUUUUUUUCUCAUAAGUGGAAGAUUGAAGAAGAAAAAUGUUGCUUCAUACGAAUCGUUAAGCCUCAUAGAGUUCACAUGAAAGAAUCGUGAAAAUGGCUCAAAAAUUGGCUUUUUAAGAAUUUCAAAAAGUUGUACAACUGUCAAAAGUUCAUGAAAUGACUUUAAAUUUGGGGCAUCGUUUUUUUUUAUAACGUACAUUUCCGGAAAAAACGCAGGCAAAUCGCUGAUCCCAGCACGCAGACUGCGGUCGAAAGGUACUGGAUCUGCCCAUAUGUAUUAGGGUGGGUUAAAAACAUCGACUUUGUUUUUUUGGAUCUGACACAGAAAAACUAAUUCUUAGGCAUCUCUAGAAAGUACUCACCAAAAACGAGCUCACGGUUUUCCAUUUUCAUUUCAAUCUCAUAUAAAAAUAACCAGAUUUUACCAUUAAUCGAUUGUUAAGCCGAUCCCUCCCAUAUAUUUCUGUAGAAAAUCGAACGCUCUUCAAAAAAGGCCUCUUACAUUUUUUUCAUUAAUCUAACCAUUUACAGGAUAUUUGGGGUUGAAGGUUGAAGAAUUUAUUGAAAAAGUUUUUUUUAAUUUUUAGUUUGGUUACUUACUGAAAAAAAGGUCGCUUCGGUUUAAUCGAUUACUCUAAAUAUUGAGUAUAUUUUUGUAUUCGAAUUCCAAUCUGUACAGAUUUUAAUAGUUUUGUUAACAACUAUUUUAAAUUUACCCAUAUUAUUCAUGAAUUUUGAGAAUAUUCAUAAAAAUUUGAGUUCAUUUCUAUAUAAUAACAGCUUCUAACUUACGUCUUAUCUUUUGUUUGGAAAUAAUUUUUUUCACGAUAUUAUCAUUUCCAGAAGUCAGAAUAUGAUUUUUUUAAAAAUUAUUCGAUGUCAGAAUAAAUGGUCCAGAAUACAAAAAAAAACUUCAAACGUAAGAAAUCGGCAACACAAAAACAAAAAGAAUUAACAUUUCAGAAUGAACUCAAAAGGUUCUCAAAAUGAACUUUAAAUGAACUCAAACAAAAGAGUUAAAAAGUCAAAUUAAAGCAUCGAAAAUUUAUUCAUUUUGUUUCUUAUUACUUUAAAAUAUUACUGAAAAAAUUUAUUCACAUAUUGAAUAAGCCAGUUGAAAAAUAUUAAAUCAAGAGUCUAAAUUGUGUUGAAAACAAAAUUAUAAAGAGAAAAUUUUUAUGAAAAAUUGAUUAGAAAGAAAUAUAUUCCCAAACAAAAGAUAAAAACUGCUAUUCUAUCGAUAUAGACUCAAAUUUUUAUGAAUAUUGUCAAAAUUCAUGAAUUAAAGGGUAAAUUCAAAAUAGUUAUUAAAAAAACUCUUAAAAUCAGUACGCAUUAGGAUUUGAACAGAAAAAUAUGCAAAACUGUUAGAAUAAUCAAUUAAACCGAAGAGACCUUUUUUGUAGAGCGUUCAAUUUCCUAUAAAAGUAUGCCAUACUUAUUUAACAAUAAUUCCUUUUCAGUAACCAAACUUGAAAAAAAAAAAUUUCAAUAAAUUCUUCAACCUUUAAGCCGUAAUAUCCUGUAAAUGGUUAGGUUAAUGAAAAAAGUGUUGAGAGGCAUUUUUUGUGGGGCGUUCAAUUUGCUAUAAAAAAAACGUGGGAGGGAUCGGCUUAACAAUCAACCAUAGACAAAAUAUGGUUAUUAUUAUAUGGGACUGAAAUGAAAAUGGAAAACUGUGAUGAGGAGGAUCUUCCUCUUAAUAUUAAGAGCUUAUUUUUGGUGAAUACUUUCUAAAGGUGCCUGGAAACUAGUUUUUCUCUAUCUGAUCCAAAAAAAACGAAGUUGAUUUCUUUGACCCACUCUAAUAUAUAUACAUAUAUAUACAUCUAUAUAAUUAUAUCAAAGAGGCCUUAGUCCAUACUCUUUCCGAGUAGUAUCGAGUGAAAUAUGUAUGUUACAUACGAAUUUUUGAAGAAAACGGAACGAAAAACGUUAUUCUUUUUUAUAGAUGUGGGAAAAACGUAGAACAAUGUUUCUCAACCGAGUUGGCGGUACAAUCGCUCUUGUAAAUGACGCUUUAUUAAAAUAAAAAGAAGGUAUAUUGUUCGAAACAAAUGAGAGCAUGAUACGAAAACUAAUAGAAACUCUAUUCUCGAUGCCUCGCAAUUUUUUUUUUCAGAGACUUUAGCAUCAAUUUUGUCGUUUGGGAGUUUACGAGUAAAUCAAACAAAUCAUACCGGUUGCCAUUUUCAAAGCGCGAACAUCAAUCGUUUCCUGUUGAAAUAUUAAAAAAUGAGAUCGCACGAGCAUGCAACUUUUACAAAUACAAAAUCUAAUGAAUGGGCUUUGCAAGAAAGACCAUUGGCUCAUUCGUACAAUUCGAUUUCACAACUUAGGUAUCGUCAGAACAACUGAAAUCAUAUUUCGGGUGGAUCAACUAGGGAAUGCGAGAAAACCCUAUACUUAGGCGCGCGAUAUUUAUUUCCUCGAUAUCUUGCAGCGUUACAUUUGUUUGAGUUAUUUGCAUCAACGUGAAGUGCUUUUUUGCAUAUAAAAUGAAACGAAAUUAGAAAAAGUACAUAGUUGAAAUUUUAUUAAACAUUAGAUAAAAAAAAAAA